AUGUUAUCGAAAAAUUUCUUUAGAUUUAUUAAUAAUUCAUGUAAUAGAAAAUAUCAACAAAUAUUCUCUUGUCAUGCUAGUACGACAUCGAAAAUAAAUGGAAGUAAUAAUGAAUUUAAUACUGAACAAAAAGAAAAGAUUAUUCCAAAAGAUGAUCUUUUUUCAUUUAUUGUUCAAUGUAUGAUGAAAGUUGGCACACGUCCAUCACAUGCUGAAGUAUUAGCAGAUAAUUUAACUAUGGCUGAUUAUCGUGGUCAUUAUAGUCAUGGGCUUAAUCGACUUGAUAUGUAUGUUAAUGAUGUCAAAACUGGAACAACAGCAAAAGAUGGAAAUCCAAUAAUUCUUAAAGAAUUACCUGGAACAGCAUUAGUCGAUGGACAAAAUUUAAUAGGACCCUAUGUUGGUAAAUAUUGUAUGAAUAUAGCAAUGGAAAAAGCAAAAAAAGUUGGUAUUGGAUUAGUUUCUGUUCGUCGUUCAAAUCAUUUUGGUAUCGCUGGUUAUUAUUCAUUAAAAGCUGUUGAUAAAGGUCUUAUUGGUUGGGCAUUUACUAAUACAAGUCCACUUGUUGUACCGACACGUUCAAAAGCGCAAUCAUUAGGAACAAAUCCAAUAGCAUUUGGUGCACCUGCUGAAAAUAAUGAUAGUUUUGUACUUGAUAUGGCUACAUCAACUGUCGCAUUAGGCAAAGUUGAAAUAAGUCAAAGACGAGGUGAGGAGAUUCCAAACACAUGGGGUGUUAAUGCACAGGGUAUUCCAGUUACAAAACCACAAGAAAUACAAGGUCUAUUAGCUUUAGGUGGUCCUGAAGAAUCAUCUGGUUAUAAAGGUUAUGGUUUAGCAAUGAUGGUUGAAAUUUUAUGUGGAAUUUUAUCAGGUAGUCAUUUCGGACCAUGGGUUCGUUCAUGGAAAGUAAAUACAACUGAAGCUAAUUUGGGACAAUGUUUUAUUGCUAUUGAUCCAAAUGCAUUUGAAGAUGAAUUUGGAAGUCGUUUACAGAAAUUAAUUAAUUAUUGUCGAGCAUUACCACCUUCAGAAUCUGGUAAACCAGUUCUUAUUGCUGGUGAUCCUGAACGAGUUCAUAUGGCAAAAUGUGAGAAACUUGGUGGUAUUCCGUAUCCUCAAUCACAAAUUGAUUACAUAAAUGAAUUAGCACGUACAUUAAAAGUCGAUGUACCUAAAAUUCAAUAA